AUGGAGCGAAAGGCCUCCGAAGGCCUCAAGGCCGUUGAUUCAACCGAUCUAAAGCGAGAGAUUACAUCUGAAGUCCCGUCGAAAGAGAUCGACUCUGGUUCAUCCUCGCAUACUGUGGCAGAUGAUCCAGAUGGUAAUCUCGAAGUGGUGACGGAGUCCCCCAAAGAUGAGGAAAGGAAAUAUCUCACCGGGAUCAAGCUAUUUAUGGUCAUCUCUGGAGUGACAUUGGUUUUCUUCUUAGUGCUGCUUGACAUUUCUAUUAUUGUGACAGCUAUUCCGGUGAUUACUACCCAUUUUCACUCUCUUGAGGAUUUGGGAUGGUACGGUAGCUCGUAUCAAAUUGCCAGUGCUUGCUUGCAACCUCUCUCCGGAAGAGUCUAUACCAAUUUCAAAACAAAGUGGACGUUUUUAACCUUCUUUUUUAUAUUUGAGCUGGGAUCGCUUCUCUGUGGCCUAGCAACAUCUUCAAAGAUGUUGAUUGUUGCUCGAGCAGUUGCAGGACUGGGAUCGUCUGGUUUGAUGAACGGGUCGUUGACCAUCGUUUCGUCGUCUGUCCCGUUGCACAAGUCUCCAGCUCUUAUCGGCAUCAUGAUGGGCUUCUCUCAACUUGGUGUUGUAUUUGGUCCAUUGAUUGGAGGUGCAUUCACUGAAUACACCAGCUGGAGAUGGUGUUUCUACAUCAAUCUUCCGAUUGGUGCCCUGGUCGCGGUACUUCUCAUCUUUGUGGAAAUCCCAGACCAAGGAAAAAAGCCCUCGAUUAAGUCCGCUAUGGACACGAUCCUUCACAAACUCGAUCUCGUUGGGUUUGUUCUUUUUGCCCCGGCCGCAAUCCAGCUUCUGUUGGCCCUUGAAUACGGUGGCAGUAAACAUCCGUGGGGAAGCGCGACCGUCAUUGGACUCUUUUGCGGCGCUGCGGGAACAUUUGCAUUAUUCCUGUACUGGGAGUAUCGUCACGGAGAUCGAGCGAUGAUUCCCUUGUCGAUGGUUGCGAAGAGAACCGUAUGGUCAAGCUGCCUGGUCAUGGUCAGCCUUUUCGCCAUGGUGCUUUCCGCAGCCUAUUAUCUACCCGUCUACUUCCAGGCUAUCAAGAAUGAGACUCCGCUGAUGAGCGGAGUCUACAUGCUUCCCAGUAUUUUGUCACAAUUGGCAUUUGCGGUGAUUUCUGGUGCCCUGAUUGGAAAGUUUGGAUACUAUCUUCCAUGGGCUGUUUUUUGUGGAAUUGCCACUGCCAUCGCAAGUGGUCUUGUUUCCACAUUCACGCCAUUUACCCCAGUGGGUAAAUGGGUGGGAUAUCAGAUCCUUUUGGGAGCUGGUCGAGGGGCUGGGUUUCAAACACCCUUCAUCGCAAUUCAAAACUCACUUCCACCAAGUGAGAUCUCCAUUGGCAUGUCCAUCCUCAUGUUCACACAAACGCUGUCUGGCGCGGUGUUUUUGACCUUUGCGGAUGUGAUUUUCUCGACGGGCCUCAAGACUCUAAUUCCAAAGUAUGCACCCAACGUGAAUCCAGAGGUCAUUGUCGCUGCGGGUGCCACCGGCAUCCGAAAUGUCGUAUCGAGCGAGAAUCUUCCCGGAGUGUUGAAGGCCUAUGCGGAUAGUGUAGACCACGUCUUCUACAUGUCUGCAGGGCUUGGCGUUUUCUGCAUGGUAUUUGCAUUCGGCAUGGGAUGGAAGGAUGUUCGGAAAAAGAAACCUACGGGGCAAGUUUGA